CUGCUCGUACCUGCGCCGCGCUCGCGCCUCUCUGGGCGUGUCAGCGGCGGGGGCCGCGGAGCAGGCCGCUGGGGAGCGGGUGCCGGGGCAGGGGGCGCGCGCGCGGCGCGAGGGGCCGAGGAGGGGGCAGGGACUCUUUCCCCGGGUGGAGGGAUCGCGCUCGCUCGCUGUGGCUCGGCCGUGGCGGCAGCGGCGUUGGCGGCGGGCUGCUGCUGCCUGCGAGUUGUUGUUUCCUCCUCCCGGCCGCGGGUUGAAUGGUGGAGCCGAGACUCUUCCUGCCGAACGAACAGUGACAGCUACCGGGCGGGCGGACGCGUUCGCAGGGCCCCGCCGCCGCCGGGGAGCGCGGCCCGAGCGCGGCUCGCCAUGUCCGGGGACGGCGGCAGGCACAGCGCGGAGCUGCGAGCGGAGCUCUACUUCCUCAUCGCCCGCUUUCUGGAGGACGGACCCUGCCAGCAAGCGGCUCAGGUCCUGAUCCGAGAAGUGGCGGAGAAGGAGCUGCUGCCCAAGCGCACAGACUGGACGGGCAAGGAGCAUCCGCGGAGCUACGAGAACCUGGUGAAGUAUUAUAGACACUUGGCACCUGAUCACUUGCUGCAAAUAUGCCAUCGACUUGGACCACUUCUGGAGCAGGAAAUUCCUCAGAGUGUCCCUGGAGUGCAAAGCUUAUUAGGAGCUGGAAGACAGUCUUUGCUUCGCACAAAUAAAAGUUGCAAACAUGUUGUGUGGAAGGGAUCUGCUCUUGCUGCAUUACAUUGUGGAAGGCCUCCAGAGUCACCAAUAAAUUAUGGCAGCCCACCUAGCAUAGCGGACACCCUUUUUUCAAGAAAACUAAAUGGAAAAUACAGACUUGAACAACUUGUUCCAACUGCUGUGUAUCAACAUAUGAAAAUGCACAAACGAAUCCUAGGACACUUAUCUUCUGUAUACUGUGUAACUUUUGAUCGGACUGGCAGACGGAUAUUUACUGGUUCUGAUGAUUGCCUUGUAAAAAUCUGGGCAACAGAUGAUGGAAGGUUGUUGGCAACUUUAAGAGGACAUGCAGCUGAAAUAUCUGACAUGGCUGUGAACUAUGAGAACACCAUGAUUGCAGCAGGGAGCUGUGAUAAAAUGAUCAGAGUUUGGUGUCUUCGAACAUGUGCACCAUUAGCAGUUUUGCAAGGUCACAGUGCAUCCAUAACAUCACUACAGUUUUCUCCAUUAUGCAGUGGAUCAAAGAGAUAUCUGUCUUCAACUGGAGCAGAUGGAACAAUAUGUUUUUGGCUGUGGGAUGCUGGCACCCUUAAAAUAAAUCAGAGGCCAACAAAAUUUAUGGAACGUCCUCGCCCUGGAGUUCAAAUGAUCUGUUCUUCUUUUAGUGCUGGUGGAAUGUUUCUGGCCACUGGAAGUACAGAUCACAUCAUUAGGGUUUAUUUCUUUGGAUCAGGUCAGCCAGAGAAGAUAUCAGAGUUGGAGUUUCAUACUGACAAAGUUGACAGCAUUCAGUUUUCUAACACUAGUAACAGAUUUGUGAGUGGAAGCCGUGACGGGACAGCACGCAUAUGGCAAUUUAAGCGCAGAGAGUGGAAGAGUAUUUUGUUAGAUAUGGCUACUCGUCCAACAGGACAAAGUGUACAAGGAGUUGAAGACAAAAUCACAAAACUGAAAGUAACUAUGGUGGCAUGGGACCGCCAUGACAACUCUGUUAUAACUGCAGUUAAUAACAUGACUCUGAAGGUUUGGAAUUCUUUCACUGGACAGCUUAUUCAUGUCCUUAUGGGACAUGAGGAUGAAGUGUUUGUACUUGAGCCUCACCCAUUUGAUCCUAGAGUUCUCUUCUCUGCUGGCCAUGAUGGAAACGUCAUAGUUUGGGAUUUGGUCAGAGGGGUCAAAAUUCGAUCUUACUUCAACAUGAUUGAAGGACAAGGACACGGGGCAGUUUUUGACUGCAAGUGCUCUCCUGAUGGCCAGCAUUUUGCAUGUACAGACUCUCACGGGCACCUUCUGAUUUUUGGCUUUGGCUCCAGUAGCAAAUAUGAUAAGAUAGCAGAUCAGAUGUUCUUUCACAGUGAUUAUCGACCUCUUAUCCGGGAUGCCAACAACUUUGUCUUAGAUGAACAGACACAGCAGGCUCCACAUCUCAUGCCUCCCCCAUUUUUGGUUGAUGUUGAUGGCAACCCUCAUCCAUCAAGAUACCAGAGAUUAGUUCCAGGUCGUGAGAACUGCAGGGAUGAGCAGCUUAUUCCACAGAUGGGGGUGACUUCCUCAGGACUGAACCAAGUACUGAGUCAACAAGCAAAUCAGGAAGUUAGUCCGUUGGACAGUAUGAUACAGAGACUUCAGCAAGAACAAGAUCAGAGACGUUCUGGGGAGGCAGGCACCAGCAAUACUAGCCGGAUAGGAAGAAGCUCUGUAAGCUCUACCUCAGAAGUACAUUCACCACCAAAUAUAGGAUUAAGGCGCAGUGGGCAAAUUGAGGGCGUGCGACAGAUGCAUAGCAACGCACCACGAAGUGAAAUAGCCACUGAGCGGGACCUCGUGGCUUGGAGUCGAAGGGUUGUGGUACCUGAGCUGUCACCAGGGGUAGCCAGUAGACAGGAGGAAUGGAGAACAGCAAAGGGAGAAGAAGAAAUAAAGAUUUAUAGAUCAGAAGAGAAAAAGAAGCACAUUACAAGUCAUGUUCCAAGAGAGAACAAAAUACCUUCUUUCUCUAAGAACCAUUCUCAUGAUCAUAUAUUAGAUACUGGAGACUCAAGAAAGCAACAGGCAAACCAGCACAAUUACCGUACCAGAUAUGCAUUGGAAGAAACUGCCAGACCUGCUGAAGAGUUAGAAAAUGGAAACAGUUCUUCAGAUGAAGGAGAAGCAGUUGUUGCCAGUGGCGGAACAUCAGAAGAUGAAGAGAAAGCAUGGCACAGUGAUGGCAGUUCUAGUGAAUAUUCCAGUGAUUACUCGGACUGGACCGCAGAUGCAGGAAUUAAUCUGCAGCCACCAAAGAAAAUUCCUAAACUUAAAACCAAGAAAACAGAGAGCAGUUCAGAGGAUGAAGAGGGGAUUGAAAAACAGAAACAGAAGCAAAUUAAAAAGGAAAGGAAAAAAGGGAAUGAAGAUAAAGAUGGAUCAACAACGUCACCAAAGAAAAGGAAACCCAAAGAGAGAAAAAAAAAGAGGUUGGCUGUGGGAGUUUUGGCAGAAAAUGGCUUGACGUUGGAAGAAUGGUUGCCUUCAGCAUGGAUUACAGAUACUAUUCCUCGCCGGUGUCCAUUUGUGCCACAAAUGGGUGAUGAGGUUUACUAUUUCCGACAAGGUCAUGAAGCGUAUGUUGUAAUGGCUAAAAAGAAUAAAAUAUAUAGCAUUAAUCCAAAAAAACAGCCAUGGCAUAAAAUGGAGCUACGGGAACAAGAGCUGAUGAAAAUAGUUGGGAUUAAAUAUGAAGUGGGAUUGCCUACUCUCUGCUGUCUUAAACUUGCUUUUCUUGACCCAGAUACUGGUAAACUGACUGGAGGAUCGUUCACCAUGAAGUACCAUGAUAUGCCAGAUGUUAUAGAUUUUCUAGUCUUGCGGCAGCAGUUUGAUGAUGCAAAACAUAGACGAUGGAAUAUAGGUGAUCGUUUCAGGUCAGUAAUAGAUGACGCCUGGUGGUUUGGAACAAUUGAAAGCCAGGAACCUCUACAGCCUGAAUAUCCUGACAGUUUAUUUCAGUGCUACAAUGUCUGUUGGGACAAUGGUGACACUGAGAAGAUGAGUCCUUGGGAUAUGGAGCUCAUACCAAAUAAUGCUGUGUUUCCUGAAGAGCUGGGAACUAGUGUUCCUUUAACUGAUGUUGAAUGCCGAACAUUGAUCUACAAACCUCUGGAUGGAGAAUGGGGUUCCAGAACCCGCGAUGAGGAAUGUGACAGAAUUAUUGCAGGGAUAAACCAGCUCAUGACUCUAGAUAUUGCUUCUGCAUUUGUGGCACCUGUGGAUCUCCAGGCUUAUCCAAUGUAUUGCACUGUUGUGGCAUAUCCCACAGAUCUCAGUACCAUUAAACAAAGACUGGAAAGCAGAUUUUACAGGCGGCUUUCUUCACUUAUGUGGGAAGUUCGGUACAUAGAACAUAAUACACGCACAUUCAAUGAACCAGGAAGCCCUAUUGUUAAAUCUGCCAAAUUCGUUACAGAUCUUCUGCUACACUUCAUAAAAGACCAAGCUUGCUAUGAUAUAAUUCCAUUAUAUAAUACAAUAAAGAAGAAAGUCUUGUCUGACUCUGAUGAGGAAGAAGAGAAAGAUACAAACGUGCCAGGGACGUCCACUAGAAAAAGGAAGGAUCAUCAACCCAAGCGGAGGCUGCGCAACAGAGCACAGUCAUAUGAUGUUCAGGCAUGGAAAAGACAAUGCCAGGAGUUGUUAAAUCUUAUUUUUCAAUGUGAGGACUCUGAACCUUUUCGCCAACCAGUGGAUCUCCUUGAAUAUCCAGAUUACAGAGAUAUUAUUGACACACCGAUGGAUUUUGCUACAGUUAGAGAAACUCUGGAAGCUGGCAAUUAUGAGUCUCCAAUGGAAUUAUGUAAAGAUGUGAGACUUAUUUUCAGCAACUCUAAAGCUUACACACCAAGCAAAAGAUCAAGGAUUUACAGCAUGAGUUUGCGCCUUUCUGCUUUCUUUGAGGAACAUAUAAGUUCCGUUUUAUCAGAUUAUAAAUCUGCUCUGCGCUUUCAUAAAAGAAACACAAUGAAGAAACGAAGGAGGAAAAGAAGAAGAAGCAGCAGUUCUGUUUCCAGUAGUGCUGCAUCAAGCCCUGAAAGGAAGAGAAGGUUAAUAAAACCUCAGUUGAAGGGAGAAACCUCUGCCGCCUCAUCAUCUUCAGUUCCUGUACGCUCAACAGCACUGAGACACAUUGCUGCUCAGAUGAAUGGAAAAGCAGCUGAAUCUUCCUCUUUGGUGCGGACUAGAAGUAAUAGGGGGAUAACAGAUACAGCUGUUACAGAACAACCAUCCACUUCUUCAGGAGGAAAACCUUUAAUUACAAAACCUAAUACUAUUGCCGUGUCAGGGAAAACAAUAUUGGAGAAUUCCACCAAACAUUCCAAGAACCCCAAUAUUCUAUCAAUUCCUAGCCAAUCCAGUUACAGCCACAACACUAGGAAUAACUCUUCAAGAGAAAAUGUGGAGAAAGAUAAACAAAUCAAGCGUAAAAUGAAAUCAUCCACUAUUAAUCAGCAAGCAGACUGCAAAAAUAAUGCUUUGGCAUCAGGAAGCAUUCAGGUAAAUGGACAUGGAGGGCAACCUUCAAAACCUCCAGUUAAAAGAGGGCCUGCACGGAAACCGAAGAUAGAGGCUAAUAGCAGUACAUGUGAAGUGGUGCACAAGAAAAGAGGUAGAAAACCAAAAAAGUUACAAAUUGCUGAACAGAUGAAUGCAGAGCAGAAUUCAGUCCAGACCACCAGGGACAUGGUAAUAGAAGAACCCUCAGUUUCUAGUGCAUGCAAUUCUCUUUCUGAAAAUAAUGUGAAGGAAGCUGUAUUACAAAAAAAAGGUCGUGGAGGCAGAAAGCCAAAAAGAAAGACACAGACACGUCAACCAGACUCAGACCUUAUAGUCCCUGCGAAUGUUAAGAUGCAGACAAGAAGCAGGAGGAAAAGAACAGAUGAGCCUGUAGAAGAAGAAGUGUCUGAGGAACUGAAAGAUUCUGAACCUCACAUGAGAACUAGAAACCAGGGUAGGAGGACAGCCUUUUACAAUGAAGAUGACUCUGAAGAAGAGCAAAGGCAGCUAUUAUUUGAAGACACCUCUUUAACUUUUGGAACGUCUAGCAGAGGCAGAGUCCGAAAGUUGACUGAAAAAGCAAAGGCUAAUUUGAUUGGCUGGUAACUGUUACCAAACAUAUUCCUUAGAAUGCUAUGAAGCAGGUACAGUUAAGGAGUGAGCAGAAACAAAGACUUCUGCUCCCCUGCUGCUAUUAUGGAUUAGAAGAAUACGUUGUGAUUUGAAAAAAUUAGCAAAAAAGAAAACGGAGAGAACACUUCUUUGAAACAAAUAUAUAUUUUAAACUUUUGCUAUUUAUUGCCCUCUAGACAGGUUAUGCAUUUCAACAGUCAUUUUGUUCAUAGAUAAGAAUAAUUGAAGACGUGUAAAUAAGCAAUUACUGACGUUUUAGAAGUGAGAAUUACUGUACUCCUGAGCAGUGCAGAGUAUUUCUGUGAUUAAACAAAGUGAUAGAACUUUUAAUGCCACAGACUGAGAACAGAAGUCUAUUUUUGACCAAGCAAGGUACAUUUUUAUUGAUUGCAGAAGUCAUGUCUCCCAGGAAGGCAGAUACUGACAAAGAGUGGCAGUAAAUUUAGAAUUACAUUUCCAUUAAGGACAAAUGCAAAAUUACCAGAUUUUGCUAAUCUGAAAAUGUUUAAUUUGAGUAGUGAUGGAGCAUUCAACUGCAAAAGAAGCCUAGCACAGGCUGUUGGUUUAUCCAAGUUUCUGCCAAACAGAGAGAAAAUGUAAUCACAAUAUAUAUAUAUAUAUAUAAAUAUAUAUAUAUAUUAUAUCCACAUUGGAAAAAGUUUGACUAAUAUGUCUAAUUUUUCAGACCUUGAUUCUUUUAUCAAUCACUAAAUCUCUGUUUAUUGUGCCAAAGACUGAGAAACAGUGCAGUGGAAAGCCUUCUUUUCUUUCUCUUUUUUUUCUUUUGUGUGUGUGUGUCUGUGUGUAUGUGUGUGUGUCAGUAAUGCAAACACUUUUCAAAGACAAAAAAAGACCGUGUAUCAUUCUAUAUAGCAAGUUGUUAUAAAUUGUGCUGACAUGUAUCCUCUUUUGGUACUUACAAUAGAAAACAGUAACGCACUGAUGGGGUCCUUUGACAAAGAUGUUUUAGACAAAAUUUAUAAUUGGUUAAAGGAUUCAAGGAAAUUACAGGAAAAAUAUGGGCUUAUGAUGUUUACUUUCUGAUCUGUAUUGUUUUCUACAACUUUUGAUGUGUUGAGUAAUCUAAAAAUGACUUACAAAGAAGUGUGUAUGUGUAGAUUGAUAUAUACACAAACACAUACAUAUACAAUAUUACCCAGGUAUAGAAUCUCUUUUUCAGGAUUUUUUAGAUAGCACUAGAAUUUAAAAAAAAAGAAAGAAAAAAAAAAGAAAAGAAAAAAGAAUUUUAAAUGUCAUACUUUAUAGUUUAAUUUUAGGGGGAAGAUUGGUUAUUUUCAAUUAUUAAAGGUUAAAAAAAGGCCAAAUCACUUUUUAUGCAAUCAUGUUUUAUACAGUGGUCUCAUUGCACAUUGUGUUUUUUCUGCACUUUUUACGGUAUACUUAUCACUCUGACAUAAGUCAAUAUACACCCUAAAGAAAAAUUACAUUUAAUGAUUGUGCCUUGUAUUCUAUUAUUUCUUGCAUCCUUAGUAAAAUUAAGUUGUCUAUUGUAAAUGAUAACUAUAUGACUUAGGGGAAUGUAUUACUAUAUAUACUGCUGUGGAAAAGAAAAGCAGUUAUUUAUUUGUUUAUGGUACAUUCAGUUAUUUUAUACCUUAAAAACAAACUUUAAUACCAUUUUCUAUUGCUUAAAAGGUAUUGUCCAGUUUGAAAAAAAGUAUAGAAAUAGUAGUAUUUUCUGAGAUCUGGUAUGGUACAAAAAUGUAACCAAAAAUUUCAGAUACAUUAUUUUGGGGUAGCAUGAGACAAUGUGUCAUGACCCUGAUUUAGAAGAAUAAAAAUUGAAAAUUAAAUAUUAAAAAGUAGAGCCUAGUGCUGAAAACCCUUACUCAUACAAGAAGUCUUCAUUUACAAGACAAGUCUGAUGGACUUGAGUGCAACUGCUGAAAAAAGAAUUUGCAGGAUUUAGGACCUUUAAACUUGCACAGAUUUUCUUUAUUCAUUCUGGGCCAAAUCCUAUACUCAUUAUUCUGUUACAACAAAGUCUGUUUAAGAAAUGCCUGAGCAAGGAAAUCAGGAGUUGGCCCAAGAAGAGUAGCUAUUAGCUAUCAUUUACCUAUUAUGGAUAAAAACCAGUAACCCAUGUGCUUGGCAUUUCUAGUAUUGAUUUAUGUACCUGUCUUAAUUACACAUCUUUAUAUGAAAUUAAGUAAACUAUUUUCCAGAGCCUGACUGGAUUACUUGGACUCUGAGUUUGGGGGGCAUGGAUUUGAUUAAUUUGAUUUUGAUUUAUUUAUUUUUUCUAACAAAUGUUUCUUUACUAUUAAAAAACAGUUGCUAAACAUAUGGUAAGGUGGAAAAUUAUGGUUGUACAGUUAAAAAAUAGUGUAUUACACAGUUCAAAACUAAUUCAUUUUAGUGUGAGACUUAACAGUUAAUUUUAAGGAUCUCACUGGUGAUGAAGGCAAUCAGUUUCAAAUGUGUAAUUUCCUGAUGUUAUCUGCAUUUUAUUAUAAGAAAUUAGAGUAUAUCUAAAAUUCAGCUUCUGUAUUUACACUAUUUGUAAUGUUUUAUAUGGCAUGAUUAUGUAUAUAUUUAUACACAGAAAAUACUGUAUGUAAUGUUGGAGAAUGGAAUAGCACACAUUCCCAUUACAUUAUGUGAAAACUGUACACCUUAAAAUCACAAGAAUAGAAGGCCUUAUCUGCAGAACAUAGAUACAUUUUUCCCUUUCUAUAGAGAUCUGUGACAUUAAACUACAGGGUUUUUUUUAAUUCACAUUUAGAAAUAUUGACAUUGUUUUCUUCUUAAAUAGAUUGUGAAUGAUUUGGGUCAGUUUUUUAUAGAAACAACACUUCAAAAAUUAUGAGAAGUAAUACCAGAUUUAUUAAAAUAUAUAUUUUUAUAAUUUAGCUUCUUUGGGUUGUAAAAGUUUAUUUAUGAGAAUUAAUAUCAUACCAUUAUGCUGUAUGUCCUUUUUUGCUUGAAAGAAUGUAUUUGAGAUAUUUGCAACUUAUUGUACCAACAAAGAAAAAGAGCUUUUGAUAACUAAGUCUGAAGGUUUUAAAUGUGAGCAAUAAGCUGUGUUUCAGCAACCUGAAAGAAUGUCAAAACUAUAGUUACAUGCAUGUAAUGGAUAAUGCCAUCUCAAAUAUCUAACAAAUCAUUCAGAAAUGGAAUAUUGAAAUAACGUGUUUGUUUCACAUAUAGAUUGUAAAUAUUAUAUACAUGUGUUUUAUUGAUAUACAGUCACACUAAUCUUACAAGUCUGGCAGCAAUGAACACAACUUCAUUCAAAUCCAUUGAUAUUUGACUUUUGAUAUGGGGAUAUUCAAUUGUUUUCUCUGGUGGUGGUCGUUAAAGUCAAUAUUUACCAACAAUUACCACUGAGUGGUAUCUAAUACCACAGUAUUUUCUAUCUUUAGAUUAGGAAAUAGCUGCUGUUUCUCAGAUACCAUUAUAUUCUAAAUGUUUACUUUAACAGCAGUCACUGUACCAUUGCAUACUGAACAAGUGUUUAUCCUGUUUGUUUCAAUUGUUAUUUUGUUAUCCAAGAACUGAACUUGAAGAACUUCAUUACAAUAUUGUUCAGCAUUAUGUCAGCUAAGGUUCUUGUCAUUGUGCUAUAACCAGUGAUCACUACUUUACAGAAAAUGUCUCUUGUGAUUAGACUGCUGUGCUAUAUACUUGCACACAUUUAUUUCGUGUGUUCGGAUUGUUGUUAGACUUGUAAGAUUAAGUUGGUUGAAUUUAAUAUUGCUAUUUUAUAUUUGUAAAAUAUUAAUAAAAGGACCCUCAUGCAGCAUGUCUGUAAAAAUAAACAAUCGCAUUUAUGUUGUGUAGCAGAUAGCUUAUGGGCUGUAUUGCUGUACCCAGUAUUUGUCAAGUAUCAACCCUGGCUGCCUGUUCCAGAGCCUUUUGCCAUAUAUUAAAAUAUUAUGCAGACUAAAUCCGUACAUCUGUUUGACAACUGGAAGUUUGAUACAGUUCUUACACCGCACUAUUAAAUCUCUCUUGCUCACAUUUACUUUUAGGCCCUGAUCCAGCAACCAUUUUAGCACAUGCUUAAAGUU